UCAUAUGACAUAAGAGCCGUUCAGCGUCCCUUCGAGCGGGACUUUGAUUGUUGCUUACUGCUAACACAUAAAGUUUUGUCAUUAUCUUUAUUAGCAGAUUUUCUAGACCAAACAUGGCUUUCCGGAUGGAAGCCGAUUUCCCCCCCGGCCUGUCAUCUCUGAAAAAUAUUGACACCCUGCUGAGGUGUCCCAUUUGCUUCGACUUCCUCAAUAUUGCGAUGAUUACGAAAUGUUCUCACAACUUUUGCUCCCUAUGCAUCAGAAAAUUUCUGUCCUAUAAGCUGCAGUGUCCACUUUGCAAUACAGAAGCAACAGAUCAAGAUUUAAGGAACAACCGUUUAUUGGAUGACUUGGUCUUAAACUUUCAUGCUGCAAGGCAGCAGUUGUCAAAAGCAAAUUUUGACUCUCCUCCAAUCUCCCCAAAGACUCCGGCUUCAGCUGUCAAGUGCAAAACUCCUAGAGAGAAAGGCCAGAAGUGUAACAACACCGUUUUGAGUCAAUUUUUCCAAAAGAAGCCUAAGACAUCCCCGUCGAAAGAAGCCCAACAGGAAAGCUCUGCUGCUCAUUGUGCGCAGCAGGGACUACAGACUGCACGCAAGCACAAUGUAAACAACACUGAUCUACAUUCUGGAACCGCUCUGCGUCCAGUGUGUGUGAAGGAAGAGCCCAUGGAAGUGGAGGAGGGGUCCAUCCGGGGUUUAAUGCCAAUCAAACAAGAGGACACGGGAGGACACAGUGUGGACACAAGGGUGGAGAUGGCCCAUUCCUCAACGCUGUUUACAGAUGUCAAGCCUGUAAUCAAAGUGGAGUGCCCUGUGUGCUCUGUAAGCGUGCCUCAGCAGUUCAUCAACAAGCAUCUGGACACGUGUCUGAGCAGAGGAGAGAAGAAGGAGAGCUUAAGGAGUUCCAUUGGCAAGUCAAGGCGUCCGAUGGGGAAGGUAGUGUACAACCUUCUGUCCCUGCAGGAGCUGAAGAGGAGGCUGAAAGACUGCCAUCUCUCCAUGAAGGGGACACGAGACCAGAUGAUAAAAAGGCACCAGGAGUUCAUCCAGAUUUACAACGCCCAGUGCGAUUCCCUAAACCCUAAAUCAGCUGAGGAUAUUGCCAAAGAUGUGGAGGCCAAUGAGAAGAUCAAGAAUCAGCUGCAGGGGAAAGCAAAACCUGUGAUGGUUUUCUCAAAGAAUCAGUCUGAGGAGGCGAUUGAGGAAGUGCAUUCAAAUUAUAGGAAGCAGCACAGCAGUGACUUUUCCCGCCUGAUUGCUCAGGUCCGGGGUCGCCUAGAGACCAGCAGGCAGACUCGUAUCAAACAGGAAGUCAUUGCAGAUGGAAUGGAUGAACAUAAACCACACUCUGCAGAUCAAGAUGCGGAAUCUAAAGGCUGCUUGGUGGUAAAGGUGGAAGAAAAAGAGACAGAUGAAGAGCCAUCAGAGGGAGCCAUCGAUUUGUCUCCAAGCCCCACUUUUAGUGAAGUAUCCAUCAGCAGUUCUAUUUCAGACAUCUUUGGUCCGGAGUCUGCCAGAAACCCUGAAGACACAGAAAAUACCUCAGCCCAGAAGCGAUCGUCCAGCUCAAGAAGAGACGAUGCACCAUCGCCCCCUGGUUUUGGGAAACGUCGGCGAAAGACAUAAGGAGAGAUAGGAAUAUCUCUGGACAACCAAAUCAGUAUCAAUAAACUUUUCACAGACUGA